UCCAAGGGUAAGCAGAUUUUUUUUCUUUUGUUUCUGCAUCCACCACUGCUGCAUUUGGGCAUAUCCUCACUUGCUGCAGCCUAGGACUUUGCUACCCUGCUAUCAUUGCCAUGCUUUCCAUCGCACUAUAGCGUUGAAAUGUGGCAAGUGGAAUUUUUGGUUGACUGCAUACUGUGCUAUUUAUGAAACAUAAAUAACUGAUGUAGGCUUUGAACAGCAACAUAUCCCAGUUACUGUUGAACUGCAUAUAAAGCUAUAUAUCAUAUGGAAUCUUGUGCACUGUGCCUUUAUCAAGAGGCAGAGCAGCCUGAAACAAAGGUUUUCCUAAAUAUGCUAGUAUUAAUAUACACAAAGCUGUGGUUUUUUUGGUUGUGAAAAGCAGUAAGAAUGUGCAUAUGAUUCAUUAGCACAUUCUAGAACUUUUGUUUCCAGCAGUGAUACAUCAGUGACUUCUUCAUCAUUUAGUCAUAGACCAAGGAUACUGUCAAGCAUUUCCUCAGUUGUUUGAAUAGAGGUAUAUGAAUUAAUCCUGUAUUUCUGAUGUAGUUUAGUAUUUCAUAGAAUUGCGCACUUUACAUUGUUUAUGGUUGAAGCAAAGUCUUUAAAAUCUGAAAGAACUUCAGCAGUAUGGAGGGAAGCUCCUUUUUGUUCUUGUGUAUGUAUCUGCUGAACUGGAGAGCUAUAUAACAGCAGGCAAUCUUUUCUUAAUCUGGGAAUGCUACUUCCCAUAAAUGUAUUAGGUGUCUGGAUUUUUCUGUGGUUUGAUGCUUUUCCCUUGAGUGUCAUAGUUCCCAUGUAAGAGGUUGGAAAGCAUAAGUAUUGCUGUUUCUCUUCCCUGCUGUGUAUCUGAGAACUUAACUUAAUUACCUGAUUGCCUUCAUGAAAACUGUGUGCUCAAGUGGAAUGGUAAUGACACUGAGUUGCAUACUUGUGUUAAGAGGGAAUUUGGCUCUUUUGAGACAGUAAGUAGUGUUGACCACUAGCUCCAGGUUAAUAUUUGGGACUUCAGACUGUUAUUUUCUUUGUUUAUUUCUUGAUAGAACAGUUCUAGCUUUUUGCAAUUAUUGAUAGCUUUGGAGAAACAAUCCAGCCUAGAAAGACAUAAGUUGUCUGGGUUCUGGACUUCUUAAGAAAUUGGGAUUGUGUAGUUCUCGAGGAUCACUCAUUAUGAUGUGAAUAAUACAACUUUUAUUCUUUGUUCCUUUAAGAUUUAAACUGCAUUGUGAAGUCUGAGAUGAAAUUUACUGUAGAAGGAAUAGUCAGAUAUAUGAAGCUCCUGAAGGAGAGAAAAGAAGCAGAUGCAUUCUGAUGAAUUAGUGAAAAUUAGGCUUCCUAAAUUUCCCGGCCACUGCUGGUGGCUGUAGCUGAGCCCUUUGGGUUCUGCUCACUGCAGUGAAGAUGUGGUGUGUGUUUGUUUUGUUUUGAUGUUGUUAAGCAUAAGAUGUUCAGCAUUUGCAAUCACUGCGGCCACUCCUCCCUCUGCCAGUUGAAAGCACUCCCUACAUAACUGAAACACAUCACACCACAUGAUUCUGGAGGUACUUUAUAUUUUAAUACAAGCUCUUGUGCACUGGACCGCUCUUCUUACAGACAGUAUAUUUAGGGGAAAAAGACAAAUCAUUAUUGGAGGCAAAUAACAAUGAUUCAAACAGCACCUCAUUUUCAGAGCUCGGAAGCACCCUAAAAUCAAGCUUGAAGCACUAACCUGCUUUAACUUAAAAUACUGGAAUCCACUAUCUGCUGAUAGCUUUAGUGCUGAUUUCUGUGUUUCAGUUCAGAAUCCAGUACAUGGAUUGCAUUUAUAUCGCUGCUAAAAGUAUUUCAGACAUAUAUUUAGGAAUUUAAAGCUUUACUGUGGAAUUAUGUGACAGAGUUCAGCUCUGAUCUUUGGUUAGCAUGUAGUUUUCAGUAAAUCUUAGCGCAGAACUCAUUGUACUUACAGGUGUUCAGAUUCUGUAUUUUUAAUUUCCAUAUUCAAUCAUGGCUUGGAUGAGUUACAUUUCCCGCUGGUUUGAUGAAGAUGAUUGGCAUGAAGGACAACAACGAUGUGUUCUCAGCUACUGAAUCAGGAUGUAGGUGAUGUUACUGAAACACAAAGGCCAGCAGCUUUGAAAAUCAUGUAUCACAUGGCAAAAAUGUCCCAGGUUAGACAAGUGGGUCUUUUAGCUGCUGGAUGUCAGCCAUGGAACAAAGAUGUUUGUGCUGCUAGCGGGGACAGAUUUGCCUACUGUGCUACGCUUGCUAUUUAUAUUUAUCAGCUGGAUCACCAGUACAAUGAAUUCAAGCUCCAAGCAAUUAUGUCUGAGCAUAAGAAGACAAUCACAGCCAUAUCUUGGUGUCCGCACAAUCCUGACAUUUUUGCGAGUGCCAGUGCAGAUUGUUUAGUAAUUAUUUGGAAUGUGCCUGAGCAGAAAGUUGUGGCCAAGCUGGAUGAUACAAAAGGAAUUCCUGCGUCACUUAGCUGGUGCUGGAAUGAAGGUGACACAGUUGCAUUUGUGUCCCGCAGAGGUCCCUUGUACAUUUGGACUAUCUCAGGACCUUUCAGCGUGGUAACUGCACAUAAAGGAGCACAUAGUUUCUUGUCGGAUAUCUGUCUGUUUAGAUGGCAUCCGAAAAAAAAAGGGAAAGUAGUCUUUGGACAUACUGAUGGAAGUCUGUCUAUUUUUCAGCCAGGUUCUAAAAAUCAGAAACAUGUCUUAAGACCAGAGUCUCUUAAAGGAGCAGAUGAAGAAGAUCCAGUUACAGCACUGGAAUGGGACCCUUUGUCAACUGACUACCUUCUUGUUGCUAAUUUACAUAAUGGCGUUCAACUAGUUGAUUCAGAAUCUCUGUCCUGUAUCACAAAAUUUAGUUUUCCCAGUGCAGCAGCAUCUGUUCAGUGUUUAGCCUGGGUUCCUAGUGCACCUGGAAUGUUUAUAACUGGAGAUUCUCAAGUUGGUGUGUUACGUAUUUGGAAUGUUUCACAUACAACACCUAUAGAUAAUUUUAAAUUGAAGAAUUCUGGUUUCCAUAGCCUGCAUGUGCUAAGUUCUCCUCCAAAGAAGAAGUCGUUUUCAUUUCCAUCUCCUAUUAAAUAUCCUCAUACAUCCUCGACAAGUGAGGCUGUUCCUCCUCCGACUUUAACACAAAAACAAGCAUUUUCUCUUCCUCCUGGCCAUGUUGUCUGUUGUUUCUUGGAUGGUGGUGUUGGGCUUUAUGACAUGGGAGCCAAAAAGUGGGAUUUCCUUAGAGAUUUGGGACAUGUUGAGACCAUCUUUGAUUGUGAAUUCAAACCUGAUAACCCUGAUCUUCUUGCUACAGCUUCAUUUGAUGGCACGAUAAAAGUUUGGGACAUAAAUACUUUAAAAGCAGUUUACACAUCUCCUGGUAAUGAGGGGGUUAUUUAUUCCAUUUCUUGGGCUCCAGGAGAUCUGAACUGCAUAGCAGGUGCCACAUCCAGAAAUGGUGGUUUCAUCUGGGAUGUCCCAAGAGGCAAAAUAAUAACCCGAUUCAGUGAGCAUGGAAAGAAUGGAAUCUUCUGCAUUGCCUGGAGUCAUAAAGAUUCCAAAAGAAUAGCAACCUGCAGCGAUGAUGGAUUUUGUAUUAUUCGAACCAUUGAUGGCAAGGUUCUUCACAAGUACAAACAUCCAGCUGCAGUGUUUGGCUGUGACUGGAGUCAAAACAACAAAGAUAUGAUAGCUACUGGUUGUGAGGAUAAAAAUGUUCGUGUUUAUUACUUGGCAACCAGCUCUGAUCAGCCACUGAAAGUUUUUACUGGACAUACUGCGAAGGUGUUUCAUGUACGGUGGUCUCCUCUGAGAGAAGGAAUCCUCUGCAGUGGUUCUGAUGAUGGUACUGUUCGAAUAUGGGAUUAUACACAGGAUACUUGUAUAAAUAUUCUUAGUGGACAUAGAGCUCCAGUACGAGGACUGAUGUGGAAUCCUGAAAUUCCAUUCCUUCUAAUAUCUGGCAGUUGGGACUAUUCAAUUCAAGUCUGGGACACGAGAGACGGAACGUGUUUGGACACUGUUUAUGAUCAUGGUGCAGAUGUAUAUGGAUUAACAUGUCAUCCUAGUCGACCGUUUACUAUGGCAUCUUGCUCUCGUGACUCUACUGUGAGACUUUGGUCAUUGACACCGCUUAUAAAUCCUCUACCAAUAAAUGUCUUAGCAGAUAGGUGUUGGGAUGAGGUUAUUGGUAAUAUAGAUCGUGCUUUAGAAUCUGGUGCUCCUCCUUUGCUAUGUGGUAAAGUUUCCAGAGACAUUAAACAAGAAGUGGAAAAAAUAAUAGGAAAUCCUCGAGAAGAAAAACUAAGGUGGUUUUCAGAAUGUUUUUCACCUCCAGGAGGCAGCAAAAAUUUGUGGGAUUUAGUUGCUGUAAUAAAAGGACAGGAUGAUAGUCUUCUUCCACAAAAUUACUGCAAAGGAAUUAUGCAUAUCAAACAUCUUGUUAGAUUUAGAAUGUCUGAAGCACAUGAACUGACAGCAGUAAAAAUGUCCAAGUUUGGAGGUGGUAUUGGCGCACCAAGUAAAAAGGAAAGGCUUAAAGAAGCUGCAGAAAUACAUUUAAGAUUAGGACAAAUUCAACGAUAUUGUGAACUGAUGGUAGAGCUUGGAGAGUGGGAUAAAGCUCUCUCAGUUGCACCUGGUGUAUCGAUGAAAUAUUGGAGGAAGUUAAUGCAAAGGAGAGCUGAUCAGCUAAUUCAGGAAGAAAAUGAUGAUGUCAUCCCAUACUGUGUAGCUAUUGGAGAUGUGAAGAAACUAGUUUCUUUCUUUACUUCAAGAGGUCAGCUUAAAGAGGCUCUGCUUGUUGCACAGGCAGCUUGUGAGGGAAACAUACAAAUGUCACCGCUCUCCACAAUGAGUGGAUCUUCAAAUUCUGAUUUAAACAAUACAGAUGAUUAUAAUGUGCUUCUUCAGAAGGUCAAUGAAGAACUGGCAGAAUGGUAUUUCCAAGAUGGCCAUGCAGUGCUUGCCGCAUGUUGCCAUCUGGCUGUUGAAAACAUAGAGCUUGCAAUGGCAAACCUGAUUCGUGGAAAUGAACUGGAGUUGGCAAUCAGUGUGGGUACUGUCUUAGGAGAAAGUGCAGCGCAAGCAACACAUUAUGCCCUAGAAUUACUAGCAAGAAAAUGUAUGACAGUAACAACAUGCUUUCCAUCACUUGGAUACAGGGACUUAGCAGCUGACCUUCUUAUGAUGAUUCCUGAUAAUAAACUGCAGUUGGUUAAACUUUGUGCUUUUUAUCCUGGAUGCAUAGCUGAAAGAAAUGACCUACAUGAAAAGUGUAAUCUUCCCAGUGUAGAAGAAUGUAUGCGAUUGGCAGAGACAACUGAGGCAGAUGGUGAUAUAUUUGAAACUAUAAAGUACUACCUGCUAAGCACUGAACCAGAAAAAGCUCUCUCUAUUGGCAUUCAGUAUGUGAAAGAACAACUUUGUGGUUCAGAUUGGACUUUAGAUUCAGUCUGUCCGUACCUUGACCUUCUAAGUUACAUUCGCACUGAACAGUUAAUGUUGAAUAACUGUACACAAUUUCGGAAUGAGUUGCUAAUUUUGUGUGGUUACAUCGGAGCUUUACUUGCUAUCAGAAGACAGUACAAUAGCAUUGUACCCGCGCUUUAUGAAUAUACAAGCCAGCUUUUAAAAAGACGGAAAGUGUCUGUACCGUUAAAAAUUGAACAGCUCUCUGAGGAGUUAGGUGCAUGGAGAGCCUUUACUCAAUUAACCAAACCUACCAAUGAACUGCCAUGCACCCCACCAUCUGAAUCACAGAAAAAGGUCUAUUCAAUACUGGUAUCACGAAUACGAGAGGAGCCUCUGAAAGGAAUGAUUGGGCCCGACUAUGUCACUGGAUCAAAUCUUCCUAGUCAUUCAGAUGUUCAUGUCUCAUGUUUGACAGGACUAAGGAUACAGGGUCCAGUGUUCUUCCUCGAAGAUGGAAAAUCUGCAGUUUCACUGAAUGAUGCUUUGAUGUGGGCCAAAGUGAAUCCCUUUUCACCUCUAGGAACAGGAAUACGACUUAACCCAUUUUGAUGCAGUGUUUUCCUCAUAAAAUAACACUGAUUGUCAAAGGACAGAAAGAUGGUGGUCCAACUCUCCUGGGAGGAAAUUACUAGGACUUUUAAAAUUGUAAAAUGAGAACAAAAAAUAUUUUUAUGGAAAUGUUCGUUGAUCAUCCAAAGAAGUUAUUUGAGAAUCCAAAGAAGAAAAAUCCUAACUUAAUUGACAGCCAUGACUUUUUUCUUUUAAUAAAAAUUGUCAGUGCAGACAUAUUUCAGCUAAAUUUGUGUAAACAAAUGCCUUUUAAAGCAUGUAGGCAACCUACACGUCAUCAAAAUACAGAUAAACUCUGAAAUUCAUAAACACACUUCCAAAUACAUAGGAUUAAUGACUUAAUGAAUAGCCACUGCAGCUUGGUUUUAGAAUGACUGGAAUCUUGCAGCUGUUUCACACAGGGACCACUUUGUAAAUUUUAACUAGUUUUUACUCAGGAUUCUAAAGCAAAAGUAAAAUUUCAAAAACGCAUAAAUGACUUUUGUGUUCAUUAGUUACGUGUUUCAUUAGUAGCAGUACAAAGAUACUUAUUAAUGUUUUGUUUAGAUAGAUUUGAAUGUCUGGAUUAUAAUAGUCUAUUUUCUAAUAAGUUAAUCCUUGGCACCUUGUCCCCCUUAUACUCCCACUGAAAGCUAAGAUGUAUUUAUAAAACUUUUUUUUAACAAAGGCUUUGUAAGGAACAAACAAAAUAUAGUGGAGUUAUUAAAAUACUUUAUGUACAUUUAAAAUGCUUUUUACAUUUUAUAUUAGUUAUAAAUAUACACGUAGUAUAUGAUGGACCAGAAACAAACACUUGUGCAUAUUUUUUGUUUACUAAUUGUCAUGGUUUUGUGGUUUGUUAUCAGUAUUCUGCAUCAUAACAUCAUGCAGUGCACUGGCAGUUAAAGAGUUAAUGCUGCAGCUCCAGUCUCGGAAGAGAAGAAUGAACCAUGAUUCCCAGAAGACUUCUCUUUUUACAUUUCCGUUUUCUGUUAAGAGGGAAAGAUAAAAUUGGCUGUAAGUCACGAGGUUGUCCUUCUUUUUGCCUGCCUUGGCUCUGUGUGCUUGCUGGCCUUCUCACCUACAUCAUUAGAGUAAGGCCUUCAGUUUAUAGAUACAGUCUCUCUCAUUCGAUUUAUUAGCUUCAAUUCCGAUUAUAUUCUAUUAUCUUGCAUUCCGCUAUCAUAUUUAGUAAAUUAGUUUUCUCCCUUAGCUUGUUGCUGCUGUUAUUUUUUUCCCCUGACGAGGCCCAUCUUCCAUACCUUUUCUGUACCUCCCCUUCCCUUUUUCUAGGGCCUAGUCCAUGGGUCCCUCCGCCCCAUUAGUCACAGAAUUAGGCCAGACCAGGCUGGAAUCAUGACACUAAUUCUGUGCUCAAAUGAGAAGAAAGAUACAGCAAUAGAAUACUAAGAAUAUUUAAAUUUAAAAGUUGUGUAUAGUAUGCAAUUUAACCAUAAAAGAAAUCUUAUAAUUGGAAUUACUAAUCUGUAGAAAAGAUGCUUUGAUUAUAUUCUUUUAUAGUCUGAUGGCACACAAGCAGAAAUCUGCCUGACCUUUGUUGUAGUUUUGACUGCUGCUUUAAAAUAAAUUUUAAAAUCCUGCUAGUUACUUAAAAUAUAAAGAAGUUGUAAUUAGAAACUGGCAGGACUACUUCUAGAGCAAUCCUUUUAAAACCAGCAGUAAUACAAGGUGGUUUUCAGUAGAUCUUAGCCAGUUCUCAGUAGAUCUGUAAGCAGUGCCCUCAUCUAGCCAGAAAUAACAAUGUCAGCAUGCCAGAAAUGUAGGAUAGAGGUUAAAAAUCAACAAUUCUCAUUCUUUUUUUUUAUUUCUUUUAAAAACUUAAUUUUCAACGUCUGUUCUAGAGUAGUAUCACAAUUUUUGGGAUAAGAAUAUAUUGGGGAAAAAAAUUAGCUGCUUGUUGUUUGUACAAAAAUUGCUGUACAUAUGUAGGUGUUGGAACAUAACAUCUUCUUGCAGGUAUUGCUUGGAAAAUGUUUUCCCUUGUUCAACCUUGUGGAGUUUGGAGUAUUAGAGUUGGAUUUCAGAAAUAAAAAUUCAUAGUUCAUGACAGAAUUUUCCAGCAUUCAGUAUCUGAUGGGUUGCUUCUAAGAUGAAAGAUUUGUCUUUUAGCACAUAAAUCAUACAACUUUGUAAUAUCUGUUCAUACAAAAUUGGCGAGCAAAACUAAGAAUUGAAUUUGCAGCCUCAUGCCUGAUAGAUAGGAUCUGAAGAACUGGUGCAACUGACACUGCUGUAUUUCAAACUUUUUGCUAUAUUUUAAGGAUUUUUACCGACAUUUCAUAACUUAAGUAUCUUAAAAAUAUGUAGUUUAAUUGCAUCCAUUUGUUGCAAAUAAGUUGUGCCUUAACACAUAAUCUUAGGCAGAUUUUACUCCCUCUUCAAACUAGAGAGGGAGGGUUAAUUUUUGUUUCAUUGUUGAAAUAAAAUAAGUCGUGAAUAAAA